AGCAGGAGUCUACCAUGGCAGGAAACAUUCCAAAAUUGCUAGUACUGACACUUUUGGCGCUUGGGACUUUUGGCCAAGAGUCGUCCCCGAGUCUCGAUGAGCUCGUUCGAGAUCUUCAUCUGCGACUGAACCUGAUGUCGCUGGAGUUCCACGAGCAGAUGGAACAGCUGGUCACCGAGCAGCAGCUUUUGCGUCAAUCCGUUGAGAAGCUUAGCUGGGUGGUUGACCGGGUUGACCAGUCGAUGAAUAACAUCGUGGACAAUCACGAUGUUGUGAUGAGAAACCUUUCCCAUGUAACGAGUCAGUCUGAUGCCAUAAUGGUCAACCAGCAGUUCUGUGCCAACCACGACCGUUUGAGGGAUUUGUACUUCGAGACGCUUCCGCGAUGCCAAGGACCUCCGCUACCUCCAGUCACAACCGAGCCUACGCCAACUUCAACGCAGAUUCCUCCCAUCACUAGUGAACCUCCAGCUGUGUAUGCCUCGUGCAGACAUGCGCCUCCAGUGUCUGGAGUGUACAGCAUUGAAAUUGACAGAUUUGUGGUGGUGCGAUUAUACUGUGAGCAGGAGUUGCAAGAUGGAGGUUGGAUGGUGUUCCAAAGUCGCAUGCAUGGUACGGUAGACUUUAACCGUUCGUACGCCGAGUACCGGAGCGGCUUUGGAAACGUUAGCCACGAGUACUGGCUGGGGCUGGACAACUUGCACCUCCUGACAAAUCUGGGCGUUGAACUGUUGAUCGAUAUGGAGGACUUUGCGGGCGUCGCACAGUUUGCGAGGUAUUCCAAUUUCGCAAUAGAAUCGGCAGCGACUGCGUAUACUUUGCGGCUGGGAGGAACGUUCUCCGGAACUGCCGGCGAUGCUUUAUCGAAUUACUUUGCUGAGGAAUUUACCACGUUCGACAGAAGAGUAGGUGCUUCCGGCAACUGUGCCGAAACGUUGGCCAGUGGAUUUUGGCAUUACGAUUGUGGAAUCGAUAUGUACAGAAACAAUUUGAAUGGUAUCUAUGGCUUCAACAAGGGCCAACAAGGUGUUUGGUGGGGAACAUUUGAUAAUUCCAUUACCCAGAACCGAUCGCCGUUGAAAACUGUUCGGAUGAUGGUUCGACAACAUGUUUUUGAACGCGAUGGAUCCGUUAAGUGGUUCGAGGGUCCCAAGAACUAAUUAGAUAACGAAGAAUGUUUAAAAAAAGAUUUGGAUCCAAAAAAUGUAUCGAAAAU